UAAAUAUUUGAUUGGUGUUGAAAAAAUAUAUUCACAUAUACAUAUGAGCUGUACAAACCACAGAUGAUUACAUAGAAAAAAGAGGAGGAGCCAGGACAGAGAUGGGGAGGAGUCAGGGCUGAAAGGGGGAGGGGCCAGACAGCACAGAAUGGAUAUAAAAGACUGUGGAGCUGCUGCAUCCAGAUCAUCUGCAGACGGCGGUUCUGUGAGAUUCCUGAAUACAGCAGCAGCUCCUGAGGAAGAUUUCAUCUCAACUCUGAAAAUGAGCAAAGAAGGAAAGGAGGAACCACUGAAGCUGGUGUUGCUGGGCUACAAGAAUAUGGGCAAGAGCGCAACUGCUAACACCAUCCUGGGCCGUGAUGUAUUUCCUUCUGGGAUUGGAAGGUCCAACACGAUGCGGAAUGCAGUCGAUCACACCGAAGAGGUGGACGGGAGAGAGGUGAUGGUGGUGGACACUCCGGCCAUGUACGACAGUGGUCUAAACGAUACUGUGCUGAAAGAAGAGCUGAAGAACGCCCUGAUCUUCUGUGAUCCAGGACCCCAUGUCUUUCUCUUCGUCGUUGCUCUGGGAUCUUUCUCAGAGAAGCAUGGUGAGAUACUGAAAAAAGUGAAUAAGACGUUGUGUUCAGAUGUUAGCUCCUUCUCCAUGGUGCUCCUCACUCAUGGUGACAAGCUGAAGCAACGAGAAAUGGUAGGUCAUAUUAUUGAAAUGGAUCCGGGCUUGAAGGAACUGAUUGAGAGUUGUGGGGGGCGUUACAAGGUGUUCAAUAAUGAAGACAAGGAAAGUAAUCAGGUCAAAGAGCUUCUAGCUCAGAUUGAUGAGGAGAUGAAGAAGAGAAGCCCUGAGAAUAUGUUUUUCACAAGUCCUAUCACCAACAACUACCUCAUGCAAACCGUAGAGUCGGUUGUGGGCCUGUUCUGAAGAGGUUUUAGAGAGAGGGCGAUCACUGUGGGGAAUUGUACGGGGAAAUUUGAGCACAGUGAAUGUAACCAGGUCUAUUUGUGUGUACUGGGUAGGUCUCAGGGUAGUGGUUGAGUCUUGGAAUGGUUGAGAUGACAUCGUUAGGUACUUCUUCCCCUACACUCCUUUUACAGUAUAUAUAUGCUUCCAUUCACUUAUAUCAUUAAGCAAUGCGACAUCAGUUAUCAUCGACAUGCAGAUGAUACGCACAGCUUAGAUUUUUUUAGGGCCUUUAGAGAACUUUUGCUGUAGUAAAACAUGAUAAAAAGUUCUUAUCUUUGAUGAAUAGCUCACCUCCGCUCUCCCACAGCGUUCAGAGAUCCAGAAAAAAACACUAUUUACAUCCUAUUACACUAAUAGUUUCAACUCCGAGCGCCGCCAUCACUGUACUGAUAAUGACAUACAUAAACAUAUAUAUACAUAGACUCUGCAUAGUCUGCCUCCUGGCACCGGCUGCUAAGCUACUCUAUAUAUAUAUAUAUAUAUAUAUAUAUAUAUAUAUAUAUAUAUA